GCGGAGACCGCUUUGGGCACCUGGCCUCUCGACUGAAAAGAACGGAAGGGAAGAAAACGUGCAGCCGGGGCGGGAGGGGCCAACCCGAGGGCCUGGGUGGGCUCGAGGUCGCAAAUCCGGAACCCCCUGGAGGCGGUGAUUCUAGAUCCCUGCCCCGGAGCCUCCCCGCGAGGCAGGAAUGGCUCCCAGGCCGCCCCCCGCCGCGCCCCAGGUCCUACAGUGGUAUGUUCCCAGUAUUGCCAUGGGAACAUUGAUGAUGUUGAGCAAGAUUGUGAUCCGACAGGAAUCAGUGACAUUCAAAGAUGUGGCCGUGGACUUCACCCAGGAAGAAUGGCAUCACAUGGACUCUGCCCAGAGGACCUUGUACAGGGAUGUGAUGCUGGAGAACUACAGUCACCUGGUUUCUCUUGGAUAUCAAGUUUCCAAGCCAGAGGUGAUCUUCAAAUUGGAGCAAGGCGAAGAGCCAUGGAUAUCAGAGGGAGAAAUCCAAAGACCUUUCUGUCCAGACCAGAAGACAAGCCCAGAAGCUAAAUCAUUAAGGCUGUACUGCACAUCUGGAGUAUCCCAUCACACAGAUGAUUUCUCACAUGUCACAUUAGAAGAUGCCUGGAAUGUUACUAGCCAGCUAGGGAGGCACCAGGAAAAUUGGAGGCUAUACCUGGGGUCAGAAGUGUCUACACAGAAGAAAAUAACUACCCCAGAGGAGAGUUUUGAGCAAAAUAAGUUUGGUGAAAACUCUAGAUUGAACAUAGACUUGAUUCCACAACUGAGCAUUCCUUCAAGAAUAAGGUCUAGUGAAUGUGCAACACUUGGAAACAGUUUGGGAUAUAAUUCAGAUUUACUUAAUCAGAAUAAUACCAUUGCAAAAAAGAAGCCCUAUAAAUGUAAUAAAUGUAGAAAAGCCUUUAUUCACAGGUCAUCACUUACUAAGCAUGAGAAAACUCAUAAAGGAGAAGACACUUUCCCCAAUGGUACAGGUCAGGGAAUUUACCCUGGCAAGAAACACCAUGAAUGUACUGACUGUGGGAAAACUUUCCUCUGGAAGACACAGCUUACUGAGCAUCAGAGGAUUCACACUGGAGAAAAACCCUUUGAGUGCAAUGUGUGUGGGAAAGCCUUCAGGCAUAGCUCGUCCCUAGGUCAGCAUGAGAAUGCUCAUACAGGAGAGAAACCCUAUCAGUGCAGUCUCUGUGGGAAAGCCUUCCAACGCAGUUCUUCCCUUGUCCAACACCAGAGAAUUCACACUGGAGAGAAGCCCUAUCGAUGUAAUCUGUGUGGGAGGUCCUUUAGGCAUGGCACAUCCCUUACUCAACAUGAAGUCACACAUAGUGGAGAGAAGCCCUUUCAAUGUAAGGAAUGUGGGAAAGCUUUUAGUAGAUGUUCUUCCCUUGUCCAACAUGAGAGGACUCAUACUGGAGAGAAACCUUUUGAAUGUAGCAUAUGUGGAAGGGCUUUUGGUCAGAGCCCAUCCCUUUAUAAACAUAUGAGGAUUCAUAAAAGAGGCAAACCUUACCAAAGCAAUAACUACAGCAUAGAUUUUAAGCACAGCUCUUCUCUUACUCAAGAUGAAAGUACACUGUCUGAAGUGAAAUCCUACCAUUGUAAUGACUGUGGGGAAGAUUUCAGUCACAUUUCAGACUUCACUGACCAUCAGAGAAUCCAUACUGGAGAGAACCCCUAUGAUUGUGAGCAGGCCUUUAAUCAACAAUCUGUUCCUCAUCCAGGAGAGAAACCUUAUCAAUGUAAUGUAUGUGGAAAGGCUUUCAAAAGAAGUACAAGUUUCAUAGAGCAUCACAGAAUUCAUACGGGAGAGAAGCCCUAUGAAUGUAAUGAAUGUGGAGAGGCCUUCAGUCGACGUUCAUCACUUACCCAACAUGAGAGAACCCACACUGGAGAGAAACCCUAUGAAUGUAUUGACUGUGGAAAAGCUUUCAGUCAGAGUUCAUCCCUUAUUCAGCAUGAGAGGACUCACACUGGAGAGAAACCCUAUGAAUGUAAUGAAUGUGGGCGUGCAUUCCGGAAGAAAACCAACCUACAUGAUCAUCAAAGAAUUCAUACUGGAGAAAAACCUUAUUCUUGUAAGGAAUGUGGGAAGAAUUUUAGUAGAAGCUCAGCCCUUACUAAACACCAGAGAAUUCAUACAAGAAAUAAACUGCAGGAACCCUAAAAUUAAGGAAUGCAUAGAAAGCUUGAGUUAAAAUACUGUUCCAAUUCAGUAUCAGAGGAUUCUUACUGGAGGAAAAGUCUGAAAAUGUAAUUACGUGUGUUUGUAUGUUGUGGUGAAGAAAAUUGUACCACUAGACAAAAUUUUUAAUAAGUUAAAAGCCACAUUCUCAUGUCUAAUUAUAGGCUUUUAUAAAAACAUACGUAGCCGUUUAGAAAUGAUAUGCCUAUAUAUUGGACUUUACAAAGCUUCCAAAUAUAGGCAUAUAGGACAUCAGCAACUUUCCACAGCUUGAUGUGUAACUCCUACUGUUUACAGCCUUUUUAAAAAUAAAUAAAAUUUCUACUGAAAUUCAUUUUAAA